AUGAAGUACGUCACCGUGUUCUACAUGCUUCUCCAUGCAGCUGUGGCCACCCAUACUAAGGCUAAACUGAAGUAUCCCCAGCAGGAACAAACUGCGCUUCAGAGGCGACGAGAGUCGCAGGAAACCCUCUCUAGUGUUCAGUGCUCCCUCUUGGGCAGAUAUGCUCCAAACGCUCUACUCUAUGAUGUACUGCCUCUGCUGCUGCAAAUUGUGCAGCCGCCUAUCAAGACGAUGAACCAACAGUUGUACAGCACGCAGGAAUUGAAGGAGAUUGACAACGUCGUGAGCAUAAUGGCAGAUUAUCACUUGACCUUUACCCCAACAGUCGCACCGAUUGACGUGCUAACGAUGUUUCCGAUAUCGGAUGAGAGCGCACGAAAUUUGCUGUCGAACUCAACAAGACAGAUGAUCGCACAGAAGAUAACGGUUUUCCUUGCCACUGGAAACAGAACAGAUGAGAAUUUGGCUCCUAAAAGCAAUAUAGCGCAUAUCAAACAACUGGUGGCAGCAUUUGCUAGAGUGCACCAGUGA